GUUAAACCAAAAAUAAAAAACAAAAAAAAUUAAUAUUUAGCAGAUCUUCUGACUUGGCAUUGACGUGGCGCGUUGACCGUUAGUCAACGCGUUUGACCGUCCAAGUUAACGGUCAAACAUCGGAUUUGGCCAAAGUGUUUAUUUUGGUGUAUAGUUCAGGCCAAGAUGUUAUAGAUCGAAAAGAUUGGCCAAGAUAUUUAUUUUGGUCAAAGUUCAAGCCAUACGAAAAUAUUAACCUUUUUCCCUCUUUCCUUGUCCUAGUCGGCUUAGAUUUUCUUGUUAAGCCUUAUAUAUAGGGCUGCUUGUUGUUAGUUGGCGGCAGUUUUUGAUAUCGAUAAAAGAAGAAAAGAAGGUUUCCUCGCAAAAUCGACUCUCGUUUGAUUACCCACGUACGCUGCAUCAACAACCCCUCGCUCAGCCAAAGGAAGGAGAGAAAGCAAACCCUAGGAGGGUUGGCAACCUUGUUCUGAAUGCCGCUGAUGAUGACCAGAGGCGGGGAAUCAGGGUCAAUGGCACCGGUGAUGAUGACCAGCGAGUCACUGGAGUACCUGAAGAAUCAGGCGACGGAACCCAAAUGGAAAGGUAAAACCCUUUACUUGAGGUUUGAGAUUGAUGCAUAUAUUUGGGGGAUUAAGGUUUUCGAAGAUACCGUAAAGGUGGGGGAAAUCCACUUAUCAAACCCUGUUUGUAAGCUGGAUAUGCACAGUGAUUUUGCUUUGCCUGUUGGAAUGAGCCUCUUCUGGCUUAAUAACAAGGUUUAUCUGGUCGGCGGAGAAACUAUAUCUCUGAAAGGCCCAGACCCUGUCAGAACAAUUAGUUCCAUGAUGAAGGACACCUCUCAAUUCUGUCAAUCAAGUGACAAAGUCUAUGAAUUUGAUCCUUCAGAUCUGCCUAACAAAACCACCUGCUGCUUCCGCGAGAUCCCUGAUUACCGCCUGCCGAUCCCUAUGCCACAACCGAUUGUUGCAAACAUCCAGGGGAAAGUAUACGUGCUUCAUGGAGAUCCUAUCGCUGGGUUGCCUGGAUGCCCAGAGAAACCGGAAUUAGCUUUCCAGGUUUUAGAAUUUGAUCAUUGUUCGAAAUCGUAUCGUUGGAGGACACUUCCUAUACCUCCCUUCUUCGAUGUAUACUCCUCGUUCUUUGGGGAGUGGAGGGACAAUGUUGGUGUCCUCGGUACCAGGCUGUUUAUGUUACAGUUUUGUGAGGGGGAUGAAAUUGUACAUGUCUUUGAUUCCGUUAAGGAAACCUGGGAGUCUCACAAUGAAUACGAAUGGCCCUUGGAUUAUGUGCCAUCCAAAAACUUGUCAAGUUUGCUAAUCAGCCAAAGGACAGAAAGAGGAAGUGGUAUGGUCCAUGCGACUGAUGGUUAUUUCAUCGCCUUUGGUAAUGAUUGUCAGUUAGCUUGUCAAGCUCGUGUCUAUGCUACAGUGAGCAAUUUUCGUGGUGUUAUGUCCGAUGUACAAUUCCUACCAGAUCAAUUACCGGCUGAAUUUCAUCCACUUGCUGAAUGCAAAGUGAUUGACCUAUUGGAGAAGGAUCACGGUACCAGCAUCACAUUCUGUGUGCUGUAUGUAGCCAACAAGCGUGCCCUGCUGGCUUUGUCAGUUUUCAGAGUGUGGUUGUUAUCUUCAAUGGUGGUCGUGAAACCAAAAGACGGCUCCCCAUACUUGUCCCGAGAAGAUAAAGGGGAAGGAGGAGCAAGUGAUGAUGGACCCAGAGGAGGUGCCUACUUGGGAGUUGAAAUUCUGGAAACACAUUUCUUUUCAAUGGGUGAGGUAUGCCCUAUCGGCAUUGGUGAUGCCUUCUUCCUCUAGGUAACUAACCUUUCAUUAUUACUGGUCAAGUACAUUUCUUUGUAGCCCAUGGUUUCCAUUUAUCAAUGCCGUUUGUUGGACUUGCACUAUCAUUACCGUUUCACUGGAUCAAUCUUGUUGGUAUCAGAAGGAAGACACGGUUCUCAUCUGGCAGUUUAAGGGGUUGUUGUUUGUAAUAGUUGUUCUUCUUACCUGCUGGACUGUCAUGUUCGCUCUAACGUUGUUGUAAAUUCUGUUCUAUUUGGUUCAGUUCGUUUGAUGGACUCCAAUCCUUUUGAGAUUUUCAGGAGAAGGAGCCAGAUCAAGAUACUAAUGGCUGGCUUGGCUGGCUGGCUAGCGUGAUUUCCUGCAUCAAUGAGAAAGUACGAGCUUGUGUAUAUAAUGUCUUGAUUUUGACUUAUGAUUCGGGAGAAUCUUGUGAUACAAGGCAACGCGGUUUUGUUAGUGACAGCAUGUUAUCUAUCCUGCUCGUGGUUCUUCUUUAUACUUUAGUGGCAAGUGAUGAUUGUGUAAUAUAUGAUUCCUCGCGUAGCAUGGAAGGUAUAGCAGACCACCCAAGUUUUACCUAUUGAGAUGAAGAUUGUAAAUUUUAUAGAGUUCGUUUGAUCUAUGGAUUGCUGUGAUAGACAUUCUGUACGCUAUAGUAAAGCAUGAAAUGUGGAAGAUUGGUAAUAGGGUAGGUAGAGUUUUGACUUUUGAUCGAGUUUCUUAUUGAGCUUUGAUGUAGAUUCUAAAUGCGUAUGGAUGAGUGUAUCACUUUACGCGUUGUCGAUCGAUCCAUCAGAGAACAAAAAAUAAUGAUCUGUGUAGGACAAGAACAAAUAGAUAUUAUGAUA